AUGGCGCUCUUACACUUUAUUCUAGUGUUGUUAGCACAGAGCGCAUUAACUUAUGCAGAAAUAGACAUAGACGAAAAUAAAAAUAAAACGGAGGCUUUAUUAAGUUUACCGAAAAUUGAAGACGACGUUAAAGAUUCUCAGGACGCCAAAGAAGACUGGAUGGACCUGUUCUUGGGGCCUGACACAGCUUUAUAUCCCUCAUCCUCGACCGCAUCGAUGGCUACCGUCAUAAAUACGGACAAAUCGCCAGAAGAUCAGUUGGAGGAAAUCAAAGAAAUGGCAACAUCUAUAACAAACGCUAUACAAAGUGAAAUGGCCAAUCUCCUAACGUACGCGUUAAGUAUCACCGAUAAGGACAAUGAAGAUAGCAGCCGAAGAAAGAAACGGUCUGUCGAUUCGCCUAUGGACAGCACUAAGCUCGUAUGGAGACUUCUAAAGCAUAUAAAAUCUAACAACGAAUACCAAAACAUUGCUAUUGAAAAGAUGAUGUCGGCCCAAGAGAUUGCCGAUAAGUACGGUAUCGAAUUUACUCCCGACACGGAGAUUUUGUCGGAACUGGCUGUAGCCGCCAACGAACAGGCGAAAGAGCUAACGAGUAUUCUUAAGGACGCUUGCGAUUUGAAGAAUAACACUCGAAUAGACUUGAACACAGACGAAUACCAAGAACCAGAAAUGCAGACCGCGAAAUCCGAUAAUCUAACUUGCCCCAUACACUCAAUUCCAAUACCGGAUAAAGAAACGAAACCUAAUAAGAGUGCGUCUCUAACCAACGACAAUUCGCCUUACGCGGAAUUUAAUCACGUACAUUAUGCCGACCCCUACGCGAACUACAAUUUUUACUACAACCAACCAUUCGAGACUCAAAUCCCAUCCCCCGUAGCUAAAGACCAGUACAGUCCCUCCGUUUCGCCAAAGCAGAGUUUCUACGACGCGGUGUCCUUUAACCCGACAUCAGAAUACUACGGACCUUAUUGCUCUAUGGAGCCGAUGUCGACUACUUACAUCUUACCAAUAGACGACCUCAUGCAGCCUGAACCAGAAUUGGUCGGUGAGGAGUUCGAGGAGACUAUCUCUUCCAAGGUCUUCGUAGACCAUGACCUCGAACCAGGCUCUGCGACGGUCAAUCACGUAAUGACUUACACAAUUUCGGAGAAAACCCACUUCAGAACACCACAAAUUGAAAAUCUGCCUCAGCAAAUGCAAUACUACUUCUUUUUAAUG